AUGCUGUCGACGACAAGGUCUGCGGCCUCAAUGGCCCUGCGAGCGAGACCUGCGACCGCACUUAUGCCUUUACGCGCCGCUGCCGGAAACCUCGCCUUCCUCUCAUCGAGUUCUUCGGACAAGGCAACGGCCUCCAAGUCGCCUGCCAUUGUGCCUGGCAAUCUGGGCGCACCGCCACCCAUGAAGCAGGCGCGGCGGGAAGUGCCAUUGCCGAGCCAGGAGGGGAAGAAGGGUGCCAUGCAAUACGCGCUUACCACACUGGAUCAAGUCGCCAACUGGGCGCGUCAGAGUUCACUGUGGCCCAUGACGUUUGGUCUCGCGUGCUGCGCCGUCGAGAUGAUGCAUUUGUCCACCCCGCGGUAUGACCAGGAUCGUCUUGGUAUCAUUUUCCGUGCCUCCCCGCGACAAUCCGAUGUCAUGAUCGUCGCCGGCACCCUCACCAACAAGAUGGCUCCGGCACUGCGCCAAGUCUAUGACCAGAUGCCCGACCCGCGAUGGGUCAUCUCCAUGGGCAGCUGCGCCAACGGGGGAGGAUACUACCACUACAGCUACUCGGUCACAAGAGGUUGCGACAGGAUCGUACCCGUUGACAUUUACGUACCGGGAUGUCCCCCAACUGCAGAGGCGCUCAUGUACGGCAUUUUCCAAUUGCAGAAGAAGAUGAGGCAUACCAAAAUCACGAGGAUGUGGUACAGAAAGUAA